AUGCAAACAGAAGACCAAUCACAACAACCUUCAAAUAAUAACCAUUCACAUAGUCAUACUCAUACUCAUACUCAUCAUAGUACAAAAAAAAAAAGAGUUGGUAAAGCUUGUGAUUCAUGUCGUAUCAAAAAAACAAAAUGUGACGGUAAAAAACCAUGUAAUAAGUGUAUUUUAGAUAAUAAAAUUUGUGUAUUUACAGAAAAGAGAAAACCAAAGGAAAAGAAUCAUCCUCCUGGUUAUGUUGAAUUAUUAGAAACAAGAUUAGAUAUUUUAACAAAACUGUUUGAAAAAUUAAUUGAGUUAAGUCAACCUCAUUUACCAUUUAUAAGUGAAAUUAUUAAUAGUAAUAAAUCUACUCAAUAUGAACUGAGUUCACCAUCUUCAUCGAUUUCCGAUAAUGAAUAUGAAGAAGAUUCAAUAAUACCAAUUAAUAAAAUUGUUUCAUAUUUAAUUGAACAAAGAGGUUUAUUAAAAAAUUUACCUAUGGAAUGGGAACAAGGUGCGAUAAUCGCUGCAAAUUAUAAUUAUAAAAAGAAUUUCGAUUCUUCCGUUAAAUUGUUUGCUCAACAUAAAUAUGAUACAACUACAAAUACAAGUACUACAAACACAGAUUUGAAUUCUCCAUUAGUUUCACCUGAAUUUAAACCAAAGAAGACAAGACAUACUAAGACUAAAAUUAAACAAGAGUUUAGUCCUUCUUCUCACACUUCAUCAUUUGAUAAUCAAUUUACAUUAGAUAAUAUUCAUAUUGAACCAAUUUCUUCAGAUAUUGAUUCAGAUUCACCACCAGUAAAUAAAGUAUCACCAGAACCAUCACAAACUGAGUAUCUUCAUAAAAGAGCUGGCUCAUUAUUUAAUCAAGAUUUACCCAAAUUAUCUAAAAUGAAUUCAAUUUCAUCUUUAACUAAUAAAUAUGAAGAUCAUACAUUAUCAUCACCUACAAAUACUACAUUUUUCAAUAAUGCACCUGUGAUAAAUACAUUACGAAGAACAUCAAGUGCAAGUAGUAACAAAAUACAGAAACCACCACAUCAUUAUAAAAAUUUAUCACUAGAUUCAAAGAGAACAACAAUAGACAAUACAUCAAUGAAUAAUAUACUCAUAAAUCCUACAAAUUCAUAUUUUAAUUAUCAAGAUGAAUCUAAUUUAUACGAUCAAUUUGAUGAUGCUACAAAAUCAUUAAUGAACAAUUAUACCCCAAUUUUACAAUCUCAACAACCAGUAGAUCAUCAACCAUUUUUGAAUUCACAAAAUUUGGAUAUCUUGGUAGGUGAUCCAAAUUUGGAUCAUUUUGUAAGUAAUAAUAAUCCUUUCAUGGGUAACUUUAGAUAA